AUGGGAAAGCGCUGGAGUGCCACCACUUUACUGGGACUCACACUCCUGAGCUGCUUAGUUGUGGAUAAGAUAGAAUCUCAGGAGCCACCUGGGCAGAAUCCUGAACCACCGCUCGCAAGUGGUUAUCCAUAUGCUUCUCCACCAAAGGUUCCCGUGCCACAGGUCUCACCUCCUCAGCCGCCAGGAAAGGUUCCUCAGUUCCCUCCAGUGCCACAGGUCUCACCUCCUUGGUCACCAGGAAAGGUUUCUCAGUUCCCUCCAGAUUCACCUCCUUGGACACCAGGAAAGGUUCCUCUGUUCCCUCCAGAUUCACCUCCUUGGACACCAGGAAAGGUUCCUCAGUUCCCUCCAGAUUCACCUCCUCAGCCACCAGUAAAGGUUCCUCAGUUCCCUCCAGUGCCAGGGGUCUCACCUCCUCAGCCACCAGUAAAGGUUCCUCAGUUCCCUCCACUGUCACCUCCUUGGCCACCAGUAAAGGUUCCUCCAUUCCCUCAAGUGCCAGGGGUCUUACCUCCUCAGCCACCAGGAAGGGUUCCUCAAUACCCUCCUUUGCCACAGGUCCCACUUCCUCAGCCACCAGGAAGGGUUCCUCAAUACCCUCAAGUGCCACAGGUCUCACCUCCUCAGCCACCAGGAAGAGUUCCACAAUACCCUCAAGUGCCACAGGUCUCACCUCCUCAGCCACCAGGAAGAGUUCCUCAAUACCCUCAAGUGCCACUGGUCUCACCUCCUCAGCCACCAGGAAGAGUUCCACAAUACCCUCAAGUGCCACUGGUCUCACCCCCUAAGCCACCAGGAAAGGUUCCUCAAGUGCCACAGGUCCCAUCUCCUCUGAAUAGCUGUGAUGUGGAUGAGAACCAGAAAGUCCCAUGUGGAAGUCCUACUAUUGAUUCUACUAAAUGUAGUGCAAUUAGCUGUUGCUUUGAUGGGCAUCGCUGCUACUUUGGAAAGGCAGUGACAGUUCAGUGUACCAAGGAUGCCCAAUUCAUUGUGGUGGUGGCUAAAGAUGCCACUCUUCCCAGACUUGAACUGGAAUCAGUCGCACUGCUGGGGACAGGUCCCCACUGUACAUAUGCUGACUCUAAUUCAGACUUUGCAAUUUACCAAUUUCCUGUUACUUCCUGUGGCUCUACUGUAAAGGAGGAGUCUGGUGUUAUAAUCUAUGAGAACAGCAUGUCUUCCACAUAUGAAGUGGGAGUCGGGCAUCUUGGAGCCAUCACCAGGGACAGCCACUACCAAUUAAACUUCCAGUGUAGGUACCAUGGCACUUCUGUUGAAACUGUGAUUGCUGAAGUAUUACCACUGCAUGAUCCUCCUCCACUAGUUAGUGCUCUGGGACCACUCACAGUGGAACUGAGGUUGGGUAAUGGUCAGUGCCAAUCAAAGGGUUGUAAUGAAGUGGAUGUGGCCUACAACUCUUUCUACACGGAGGCAGACUAUCCUGUGACCAAAGUACUGAGGGACCCCGUCUACGUGGAGGUUCAACUCAUGGGAAAGACAGAUCCCAACCUUGUCCUAACCCUUGGUCGCUGUUGGACAACUACAAGCCCCAGCCCUCAUACUCUGCCCCAGUGGGACAUUCUGAUAGAUGGGUGUCCAUACAGGGAUGAUCGCUACUUGUCCUCACUGGUUCCAGUGACCCCAUCCUCUCAUGUGGUCUACACAAGUCACUUCAGGCGCUUCAUUUUCAAAAUGUUUACUUUUGUAGACCCCAGCUCACUACAGCCACUGAAGGAACAGGUGUACAUUCACUGUAGUACAGCUGUGUGCACACCUGCACCAGGCCGCUCAUGUGAGCCAGCAUGCUUCAGAAAAAAGAGACAUGUCAAAGCUGAGGACCCAGAUGAUGCUGAGCCAAACGUUGUGGUUUCUUCUGGACUUGUGAUUAUGAACGCACCUGAGGAGCAAACAGUAUAGAAAUAUAAGCUCAAGAAUUUGGCCAAUAAUAUUUAGUAAAUG